AAGUGUCACUUUUUACUGUGUAUGAAUUGACUCAAAACAUCGUUCGUGUAUGUGAGAGCUGGGUGCAAAGAAAAUCAUAGCAAUCUCUUGUAUUUGCAUUCGACAACUGGCAAAUUAUUCAAUCGGCUGAUUUAAAAUCAAUUUUAUUUAGCUCAAAAUGUCACAAGAAGUGGAAGAAACCUUAAAGAGAAUAGCAUCGCACAAAGGCGUUGUUGGAACAAUUGUUGUCAACAGUGAAGGCAUUCCAGUGAAAAGUACUUUAGAUAAUUCAACAACCGUACAGUAUGCCGGUUUGAUGAGCCAAUUGUCGGACAAAGCACGAAGUGUGGUGCGGGACUUGGAUCCUGGAAAUGAUCUCACCUUCUUGCGUGUACGUUCCAAAAAGCAUGAAAUUAUGGUUGCACCCGACAAGGACUUCAUUCUCAUCGUCAUUCAAAAUCCAAGCGAUUAAAUUUCGUUGGGUUUUACUUCUUCUUCUUUUUUUCGGCUGAAAAUAACAAACAUCCAAUUCUGAAUACACAACUUUGAAUCGAUUUGGAAUUAGCAACAUGGAAUUUUUUUCACGCGUCCGUGUGCACAAAUCAAAAUCGCUUUUCUCUUUUAGCACAUUUAAAAUGAAUAAAGAAAAUGGAAUGAAAACACUAAAACGAAACAAAUUAACCAGUCGAAUGACGAAACAUUUGUGUAAUUGUGCAUUAGGAUUAUAGAAGUUUAAGAUGAAUUGAAUAAAAUCAAUAAUUUAUCAAAUGAAACACCAA